CAUUUCCAAAUCAGAAACACUCUGAAAAAUAAAGGAAAGAAAGAAAGAAAGGGUGACCAAAAAAGAAUUGUUGAGUUUGCUUCUAACUGAAACAAUGGAUUCGCACAGCCCCAAUUAAUACCACUUCUUGAAGCAACCAAUCCCCCCAAUCCCCAAUGCCAAAUUAUUAACCUACCUAGUUGGUGAGAAACUGGUGCUUUCCUGCUUGCUCUGAUCAUGGAGGAGCUGGUGCUGCAAAACCUGUUUUCCGGCGACCGGGCGGCGCAGAUUGAAGCGGCGACGGAGCUGGGUAAGCUGAAGAGCAAGCAGAGGCACAAGUUGGCAGAGAGGGGCGUUAUGGUUCCGUUGAUUUCGAUGCUGCAUUCGGAGGAUGCCGAAGCCAUUGAAGCUUCUCUGUUUUCUCUACUUAGUCUUGCCUUUGGUAGUGAAAGAAACAAGAGUAGAAUUGUGAAGUCCGGGGCUUUACCGGCGUUGCUAAACCUGCUCCGCUGCGAAAGCAAGGCGGUGAUCGAGCUCACGAUAGCGGCUUUUUUGAUCCUUUCGUCUUGCAAGGGAAACAAGCUACCGAUUGCAUCGUCCGGGGCCAUCCAACUAAUAGUUGAACUUCUCAAUCAAGACUAUGCUGAAGGCAUCAGCCUGCAAGCCAGACUCGACGGCAUAGCCACACUACACAACCUCUCGACCUGCCAUCAGAUUAUUCCGUCAUUGGUUUCUUCCGGCGUGGUGUUUUCGUUGCAACAAACAUUCCACAGCUUGGAAAAAUCAAACCAACUGGUUGAGAAGGCAAUCGCGCUACUUGACGACAUUGUUUCUUCAUCCGAGACUGCGCUCGAGGAAACUGCAGGUACGUGCGGCACAAUCCGGGCACUGGUUGAGACAAUUGAAGAGGGAUCGACGAAAUCCAAGGAGCACGCAGCGAGAAUCCUCCUGCUUAUAUGCCAGAGCUGCAGAGAAAAGUACAGAGGACUGAUACUGAGGGAAGGAGCAAUGCCGGGACUGCUUCAGCUGAGCGGCGAUGGGUCGUGGACGGCUAAAACCACGGCACGGGAGUUGCUGUUUCUUUUGAGAGACUGUUCCAACUAUGGUUCGAGAAACAAGCAGUCGAGGAACAUGGUUAUAGAGCAGAUUAUGGAGGAAAUCGAUGCCGAAGGAGAGAGAGUUGCGGGGACAAGUACAUCGGCACAGAGGCUGGUGGAGGAGAUGCUUGCAAAGAUCAGCAUCGGACGUUGAUCGCGACCAAACCCUGAGCUUUGCCGUUAGCGAUGUAAAUAUAGCCGGAAAAAAUAGUUCCAACCAGAUUAAGAUGUUAACAUAUAGUCGUUUAUCUCGUUUCUUAAAAUUUAACAGAAAAUUUGACAUAAUUGACGGUUGAAUUAAAAGUCUAGCAGGCAAAUCGAAAAGAAUCACAAGAACAUAGAAAAUACCGCAUCAACAUUUAGCAAGCAGUUUCAUACAAAUCUCCCACUGUUAAGACAAAACCAUUCAACAGUAUAUUGGAACAACGAAUUUCAGUUGUGUAAGCAAUCUACGGAAAAGAACAGUGAAUAUUUUUGUUACUAUAUAUGGCUUAGCUUCGGGGAUUCAU